UGAUGAACUGUAAUUUGCUCAUACAUGUACCCGGACUCUUCUCAUCUUCACCAAUUUAAUAAGCAUCCCACAUCGCCAUGCUCGUCCUCCCAGAAGAACAACUAAGCGAACUUCUCCAAAAUCUCAACCGACCCAAAUGCGAGCUCCUUCUCCGCAAUCUUUCUAACGCUUUGGCUGCAUCCUCUGCCCAAAGGUCCUCCCAAAAACAACAUUUAAUCCACCAGCCAAUACGCAGCAGUAUCGUGACUACAAAUGGCGACACAACUCUUUUCAUGCCAGUGUCUGAUACACAAUCCACUGGCUUCAAAGUCGUCGCUGUUCCCCACAAUGCGCCUAUUCGAGGUGUAAUUAACCUGCUCUCUCCCGAAGGGGCCUUGCUAGGCGUGAUCAGCGCUGCAGAAGUAACCGCUUUUCGUACGGCGUUGGCAACAAUGACAUUGUUUACUCGAUGUACUUGGAUAUCCAAGAAGCACGUACUUGUUUUCGGCGCUGGACGACAAGCAGAGUGGCAUGCUCGUUUGGCUCUUUUGCUUUGCAAUACCGGUCUUAUAGAAGCCAUUACAUUCAUUAAUCGCAGCCAAGACCGUCUGGACACAUUGAUGGAUUAUCUUCUACCGGAUUUACAGCGGCGAUAUCCGGAUGUUAAGAUUUCCUCGUAUUCAAAGUCAUCCCUACAGCCUGAUGAAUAUGCGGCCCGGCUCGGUGCUGAUUUGGCUACGAGUAAUGUCUUAUUUUGUUGCACUCCAUCGGUCGAACCUUUAUUCAGCUAUAAUGCAAUUGCAGACCAAAAUCAGAGAUUCAUUUCACUGAUUGGCUCGUACAAGCCACAUAUGCAAGAAAUCGACUCGCAGACGCUGCUCUCUGGGAGGGAGGGAAAGAUUUACGUAGAUUCGGUGGAAGCAUGUCAGAAAGAGGCCGGAGAGCUAAUCAAAGCUGGGGUGAAGGAGGAUCAACUCAUCGAAAUUGGGGACAUUUUUUCAGCAGAUCCGGAUUCACAAUCGAAGAAAAUUCAUAGUGGGAUUGGUAACGUUGUAUUCAAGUGUGUUGGCAUGGGGAUUAUGGACCUGGUGGUCGCGAAGACCCUGCUUGAGAUGGCUGAAGAGAAAGGGCUUGGAACGACAGUGGCAUUCUGAGUAUAUGUAGUAGUUGCAAAGGAUGAUAUAUAUAUCCAAUCCCCAUUCUCGUCAACGCCAUCAAUUGAUGCUUUAUAAUGUAGAAAUAG